UAUUUGUGAUGUUUACAGUACGAAUAAAUAAUACGACCUGACACGAGUGAACUAGUGUUUAUUCCUGAAUUUGUGCCAACCUAAGUAUGCAUUAUAGAUGUUGUAUGGAAUGAUAGGACUGUUUCCUGUCAUUAUGAGGAGACGAUAAAGAUUUACUUUCUUGUAACGUACACUUAACAAUUCUAUAUCAUCUAAUGUUUUCAUAUGUUAGUGAUUUGUUUGAAAUAUGAAAUACAAAAUGGACAAAAGAUCAACUUGCUAUAGAAAAUUUGACGUUGGUGUUUGGAUGAAAAUUGCAUUGUGUUGUGUUGUUUGGACAUAUCUCAUAGAUCUAGCAUAUUCCGGAUGUCUAUAUUCGCUUCCAGAAGAUCAAGUUGCUUAUAUGUGUAUAGACAGUGAAGCGUCAGGCCAAACUGUUUAUAUCGAUACAACAAAAGCAAAAGCAACAGAUAAUUCAUCCGGGCCUCUCUGUAUCUGCAAUGCUACGAUAUCUAAUGCAAAAUUUGUGAAUGUCAGUGUUCAGGAAAACAUUGCAACAUGUGGUUCCAAACUCAAAUUUGACUUUACAAACAAACAAGUUGAGUCAGAUGAGAACAAGUGCCGGUCAAAAAAGGAAUUGGUCCAAAUAGCAAAUCAACAAGAAGUGAGAUUGUCGCUUGAGAAAAUAAAAACACCGUACAGUGUUGAUUUCUGUACAAAAAUAGAAAUAGAACUGUGUGCCAAUCCAGAUGAUUACCAGUGCGACAGUAAUGCUGAGUGUAUUGCCAAAACAAACGAAUGCGACAAUUUUCCUGAUUGCAUUGAUUCUGACGAUGAAGAUCCAAAGAAAUGUCAAAACGCUAUGUGCUCGGAGGCAUUAAAACCUUGCAAAAAUGGAGCCCAAUGUUUUUCUGAUGCGGAGAGAUGUGAUAAUGUGUCUAAAUGUGAUGAUGGUACUGAUGAAGAAGGCUGCUUUCUUGACCAGGCAGUGUUUGAAACAUGGACGGAAGCACAACGUACAGACCCCAUUAUAAGAAUCCAAUGUUAUGAAAGUACAAGGUUUUCGACAACAACGACCACUACCACGACAUCCACUUCUUCUACGACGACUCCCACGACGACUAACACACCUUCAAUAAUAACAACAACAAUGGCGCAAACAUCGACUACUACAACAACAACAACAACACACUCAACAACCCCAGCAACAACAACAAUAACUACAAUGGAAACAUCAACAACACAAACAACGCCUACAACAAGGUCUAUUACUACUGACGAUUUUACUAAUGAUACAAUUCUCAACAUCGAAGAGUUACCAACUCGACGCAACUUUAUACAAACGACAAUAGAAACACGUGUAAACAGUACCCAGAAAGAAAACACUAAUAGAGAUGAAGAAAUUUUAACCACGACAACCGCGAUCCCGCAGACAACUACCAGGACAACAUCUACAACACUGUCAACAUCAACAACUUCAGUAGCACCAACAGCAAUGCCUCAGGCAACAGCAACAACUACAGUAGCAACAACAAAAACAGUGCCAACAUCAACAACGCAGUCGACAAGUUUUAUUGCUACUGGCGGUAUAACGAACGAUAUAAUGUUUAACAGCAUAGAGUUAACGACGGAACGCAACUUUGAACAAUCAACAGCUCAAGCUAGUGUUAACAAUACUAAACAGGACUACAUUGAUAAAAGUAUUUCAACCACGGCUAUCCCGACCACAACGACGAGCACAAAUAAAACAACAAUGGCGCCAAUAACGACUACAAAAAUAACAAGACAGUCAACAUCAACAACUUCAGCAGCAGCAUCAACAACAAAUUCUCAGACAACACUAAUGACAACAACCUUUGAACAAACAACAAAAGAAGCACGAGUAAACAGUUACCAGCAAGAAUACACUAAUAAAGAUAAUGAUAUUGUCACUGCGAUUACAACGACCCCGCCCACAACGGCUACUACAACUACAACAACAACACCGUCAACAUCAACUACUUCAGAAGCACCAACAACAACACCUCAGACGCCGCCAACAACAACAACAACAAAAGCAACAAGGGAAACAGUACCAGCAACGUCUUCAUUAAUUUCUAUUACAUCCGAUGUUAUAACGAAUGAUACAAUGCUUAACAACAAAGGUUUAACAACGGAAGGUAACUUGAAACAAACAACAGUACAAACACGUGUAAACAGUACUCGGCAAGAAUACAGUAAUAAAGGGAAAGAUAUUUUAACCACAACCACAACAUCUCCGCCCACAUCGACAACAACAACAACAACAUUGUCACCCACUACAACUGCAAAAACAACAAGUCAGUCAACCUCAACAACUUCAGCAGCAUCAACAACAAGUCCUCAGACGCCAACAACAACAAUAGCAACAACAGAAACUGUACCAACAACGCUUUCAAUAAUUUCUAUUACUACUGAUGGUAUUGUGAAUGAUAAAAUGCUAAACAGCAAAGAGUUAACGACCCAACGCAAUUUUGAACAAACAACAGCACAAACACGUGUAAACAGUACUCAACAAGAAUACAAUAGUCAAGACAAAGAUAUUUUAACAACAACUACAAGUACCCCGCCCACGACGGCUACAGCAACAACAACAACACCUUCAACAUCAACUACUUCAGAAGCACCAACAACAAUGCCUCAGACGCCAAAAACAACAACAAAAGCAACAACGGAAACAGUACCAGCAACGUCUUCAGUUAUUUCUAUUACAUCCGAUGUUAUAACGAAUGAUACAAUGUCAAACAGCAAAGGUUUAACAACGGAACGCAACAUUAAACAACCAACAGUACAAACACGUAUGAACAGUACUCAACAAGAAUACAGUAAUCAAGACAAAAAUAUUUUAAGCACAACAUCCCCGCCAACAUCGAUUACUACUACAACAACAACACCGUCAACAUCAAUUACUUCAGAUGCACUAACAACAAUGCCUCAGACAACAACAACAACAAAAGCAACAACAAAAACAGUACCAGCAACGUCUUCAGUUAUUUCUAUUACAUCCGAUAGAAUAACGAAUGAUACAAUGCUAAACAACAAAGGUUUAACAACGGAACGUAACUUUAAACAAACAACAGUACAAACACGUAUGAACAGUACUCAGCAAGAAUACACUAAUAAAGGUAAAGAUAUUUUAACCUCAACAUCCCCGCCCACAUCGACUACCUCUACAACAACAACAAUGGCACCCACAACAACUGCAAAAACAACAAGUCAGUCAACCUCAACAACUUCAGCAGCGCCAACCACAAGUCCUCAGACGCCAACAACAACAACAAAAGCAACAAUGAAAACAAUACCAACAACGCUUUCAAUAAUUUCUAUUACUACUGAUGGUAUUGUGAAUGAUAAAAUGCUGAACAGCAAAGAGUUAACGACCCAACGCAAUUUUGAACAAACAACAGGACAAGCACAUGCAAACAGUACUCAACAAGAAUAUUUAAAUAAAGAUAAAGAAAUUUUAACUGAAAAUACAACAUACCCGCCCGCAACGACUUCUAUAACAACAACAAUCGCAUCAACAACGACUGCAAAAACAACAACACAGUUAACCUCAGUUACUUCAGCAGCAUCAACAACAAGUUCUCAGACAACAAUAAUGACAACAACAACAACAACAACUGGAAAAGCAGCAACGAAUAAAACAUCAACACCAACAAUGUCUUCGACAAGUUCUAUUACUAUAGAUGGUAUGACAAAUGAUAAAAUGUUACAUAGCAAAGAGUUAACAACCCAACGCAACUUUAAACAAACAACAACAAUGUUACAUGCAAACACCGAAGAAGACGCCUAUAAUAAAGAUGAAGAUAUUGUAACCACCAUUACCACGAACCCGCACUCAACCAGUUCCACUUCUUUAACAACAACAAUGAUGCCGCAAACAACAACAACACAGUCAACAUCAACAUCCCUAGCAGCAACUAUAGCUCAGACUAUAAAAGCAAAAGUAACAACGAAAACAACACCAACAACGUUUUCGACAGGUCAUUUUACAACAGACGGUGUUACAGAUGAUGAAAUGCUACACAAAGAGUUAACGAUUAAACGCAAUUUUAAACAAACAACAGUAACAGCACAUGCAAACGGCACACCACAAGAAGGCAUUGCAAAAGAUGAAGAGACCACACCAAAAUAUCCUUAUAUUGAUGGCAUUGUAGUUGGUAUAUUAGUCCUGGCAGCUGUUACAACAUGCAUUGUUUUAGCAGCAGUGAGACAUAAAAAGAAAAGGUCUGAUUCCUGGGACGUACCCAACGACUUAAUAAUUGUGGAUUUCUGGUAAAGAUUCCGAGAAAGAACUCGAACCGCUCAACUCUGACUAUUUACAUGUAUGACAAUGUGUGCUUGUUCAGUGAGCUUAGUAAUUAAAAAAUGACAUCGUUUCUUUUUCCUUCAACCACGGUAACGUGACGAUAGAGAUAGAGAUACUUGAAUUUCUUUGACUUACAUGUAGCUGAAUUGACUAGUUUAAUUUUAGCUUAUUGUUUCAAUGUGUCGUUUGGAAAGGCGGGAAAUAUUGUUGAACAGAUGAGUGUACAGUUUAAGUCUGAAACUGAUAAUUAAAUUAUUUUCAGGCAACUUUGGAUAUUAUUCUAUGUUAUAAUAUAUGUACAAGUUUGGCAUAUGUCACCAGUGCUACAUGGUCGUUUAGAUAUCACACAUUGGCAUUCUAGUGCACAUGUUUGUUCUUCUUUGUUUUGUGUAAACAUAAUUAUUUAAAUCGAUUUUAGCAGGUCUAAAUACCUGAAUAUUGUUGACUCUUAUGCAUUGGCUAAACUCAGAUUAUCAUCUCAAUUUAUUUUUAGAAACAGCUAGUACACAUAAAAGUAUUGAUAUACGCGCGUGACCGAAAAUGUUUUAUUUGUAACAAUUAUGACAUCGAAGAUGAAUAUCACUUUGUGUUGAUAUGCUCUUUGUAUGAUUCUCUUAGAAAACAGUAUAUAUAUCCAACUUGUUUGCAAGAAACCCUAGCAUGUUUAUUUUUUAGAAUAAGGAAGUCAGUGUUAACAAGCUUAGCUAUGUAUUGUAAUAAAGCAUUAAGAUUUGAUUCAUUGAAUGCCAGGUAAUAUAUUAGACCACCCCUGCUGUAAUGUUUAAAGUUAUUAAAGGUUUGUAUGUAUAACAUGUGUUGUAUAUUACACUCUCACUAAUUUAUUUACUGAUAUGCGUUAUCAUGCAUGUAUAUAUCGUUGUAUAUGAAGAUGAGCUGUAUAUGCUUAAUUAAUUCAAAAUAAAAUGUGUUCU